AAUAAUAAUAAAUGUAGCUGUCAUGUUCGUGUGGUAACAACCUUUGCAUCAAACUAUAUGCAAUAUGAACAUGAUCUAUGUUAUGUCCCUCAACAUGGUAAAUUAAAAUACACAUGCUAAUUCCUCUCUUUUUAUAUAUAUAUAUAUGCCUCAACAUUGUUUAUUUUUGUUUCACAUUCAUCCAUGAAGAGAAAAGACCUUUUGAGUACCUAAAACAGAAGCAAAGUCAAUGGAAAUAGCAAAUGAGUUUUAAUUUUGAAUACCCUUUUGUCCAAAUUUGUUGUUAGUUACUAGUUAAACUUGGAUUUUAACUGGGGUAUCAAAAAGUAUAAAACUUUUUGUUGUUGUUUUGGUGGGGAUGAUGGAGGGUGGAGGUAGUUUUAGGAUUGAUAGUUCAUCAAUUUGGAGGAACACUGAUGCUGCUGAGAUUUUUUCAAAUUCUUUUCAUCAAGAAGAUGAUGAAGAUGCUCUUAAAUGGGCUGCAAUUCAGAAACUUCCUACUUUUGCGCGUUUGAGGAAAGGUUUGCUUACUUCACUUCAAGGUGAAGCCACGGAGAUCGAUAUUGAGAACCUUGGGUUGCAAGAAAGAAGAGAUUUGCUUGAAAGACUUGUUAGACUUGCUGAAAAGGACAAUGAGGAGUUUUUGCUCAAACUCAAGAAUCGAAUUGACAGAGUUGGAAUUGAUCUUCCUACGAUAGAGGUUCGAUUUGAUCACUUGAAUAUCGAAGCAGAAGCUCAUGUCGGAAGCAGAUCUUUGCCUACCUUCACUAACUCCAUGGUUAAUAUAGUUGAGGGCCUAUUGAACUCUCUGCAUGUACUUCCAAGUAGAAAACAACAGUUAAAUAUUCUGAAGGAUGUUAGUGGAAUAAUAAAGCCUUCAAGAAUGACAUUGCUUUUGGGCCCUCCAAAUUCUGGAAAAACCACACUCCUGUUGGCCUUGGCUGGAAAACUUGAUCCAAAACUGAAGUUUUCUGGAAAGGUGACUUAUAAUGGUCAUGAGAUGAAUGAGUUUGUGCCUCAAAGAACUGCUGCUUAUGUGGAUCAACAUGAUCUUCACAUAGGAGAAAUGACUGUUAGAGAAACCUUGGCUUUCUCAGCAAGAGUCCAAGGAGUCGGGCCACGUUAUGACUUGCUAGCAGAAUUGUCGAGAAGAGAAAAACAUGCAAAUAUCAUGCCUGAUCCAGAUAUUGAUGUGUACAUGAAGGCUAUUGCAACUGAAGGCCAGAAGGCAAAUUUGAUAACAGAUUAUGUCCUAAGGAUUUUGGGACUAGAGAUAUGUGCUGAUACUGUUGUAGGAAAUGCAAUGUUAAGAGGUAUCUCUGGUGGACAAAAGAAACGCGUUACAACUGGGGAGAUGUUGGUUGGACCAUAUAAAGCUCUAUUCAUGGAUGAAAUAUCUACUGGUUUGGAUAGCUCAACAACUUUCCAAAUUGUGAAUUCAAUGAAGCAUUAUGUGCACAUUCUCAAAGGAACCGUGGUGAUCUCACUCCUGCAGCCACCACCAGAGACCUACAAUCUUUUUGAUGACAUUAUUCUACUCUCUGAUAGUCACAUUAUAUACCAGGGUCCGCGCGAGCACGUACUUGAAUUUUUCGAAUCAAUCGGUUUUAAAUGUCCUAAUAGAAAAGGAGUAGCUGAUUUUUUGCAAGAAGUGACAUCAAGGAAAGACCAAGAGCAGUACUGGCAACACAAAGCUCAGCCAUAUAGAUUUGUCACAGCUGAAGAGUUUUCUGAUGCAUUUCAAUCAUUUCAUGUUGGCAUAAGACUUGGUGAUGAACUUGGUACUGAAUUUGACAAGUCUAAGAGCCAUCCAUCUGCCUUGACAACCAAGAAAUAUGGAGUUGGAAAAUUGGAACUGUAUAAAGCUUGCUUAUCGAGGGAAUAUUUACUUAUGAAACGCAAUUCAUUUGUCUACAUCUUCAAGCUUGGCCAAGUAUGUAUAAUGGCAAUGAUUGCAAUGACCAUCUUCUUCCGGACUGAGAUGCACCAUGAUUCAGUGACUCAUGGAGGCAUAUAUGUAGGUGCAUUGUUCUUUGGUGUUAUAGUGAUAAUGUUCAAUGGAAUGGCUGAAAUUUCCAUGGUAGUUUCAAGGCUUCCUGUUUUCUACAAGCAAAGGGGAUAUCUCUUUUACCCUCCAUGGGCAUUUGCUCUUCCUGCAUGGAUCCUAAAAUUCCCUUUGACUUUUGUGGAAGUUGCUGUUUGGGUAUUCCUCACCUACUAUGUCAUUGGUUUUGAUCCAUAUAUUGGAAGAUUUUUGAGACAAUACCUUAUUCUUGUACUAGUACACCAGAUGGCUUCUGCAUUAUUCAGAUUCAUUGCAGCAGUUGGAAGGGAUAUGACAAUGGCUCUUACAUUUGGAUCAUUUGCACUUGCCAUCCUUUUCUCAAUGAGUGGUUUUGCCCUAUCAAAAGACAAUAUAAAAAAAUGGUGGAUAUGGGGAUUUUGGAUAUCACCUAUGAUGUAUGCCCAAAAUGCCAUGGUAAAUAAUGAGUUCCUUGGGAAUAAAUGGAAACAUGUUCUUCCUAACUCGAAAGAGCCUAUAGGAGUUGAAGUUUUGAAAUCUCGCGGUUUCUUCACUGAGUCAUACUUUUACUGGAUAUGCGUCGGUGCUUUGAUUGGAUAUACAUUAGUUCUCAACUUUGGAUAUAUACUUGCUCUCACUUUCUUGAAUCCACUUGGGAAGCAUCAAACUGUCAUACCAGAGGGGUCACAGCACUCAAAUAAAGUGAGAAAUGGCGAAAUUACUUUAUCCAGUAGAAAAGAAACAGUUGUUGUAGAGACAAAUCAUAGUAGGAAAAGAGGAAUGGUUCUUCCUUUUGAACCACAUUCAAUCACCUUUGAUGAAGUUACAUAUUCUGUAGACAUGCCACAGGAAAUGCGGAACCGAGGUGUGCUUGAGGAUAAGUUGGUUCUUUUGAAGGGUGUAAGUGGAGCUUUCAGACCAGGUGUUCUCACUGCUCUAAUGGGAAUCACUGGUGCUGGCAAGACAACUCUGAUGGAUGUACUUUCUGGUAGAAAAACUGGUGGAUAUAUCGGUGGUAACGUCACAAUUUCUGGCUUUCCAAAAAAGCAAGAAACCUUUGCAAGAAUUUCUGGAUACUGUGAGCAAAAUGAUAUCCACUCUCCUUGUGUUACAGUCUAUGAAUCAUUGCUCUAUUCAGCAUGGCUCCGAUUGUCCCCAAACAUCAAUGCUGAAACUAGAUCGAUGUUCAUUGAGGAAGUCAUAGAACUUGUUGAACUGAAACCACUGCAAAACGCAUUAGUAGGAUUGCCUGGUGUUAGUGGUCUCUCAACGGAGCAGCGCAAAAGGUUGACUAUUGCAGUUGAGUUGGUAGCUAAUCCUUCUAUAAUAUUCAUGGAUGAACCAACUUCUGGGCUAGAUGCAAGGGCUGCUGCUAUUGUGAUGCGAACAGUUAGGAACACAGUAGACACUGGAAGAACGGUUGUUUGUACCAUCCACCAACCUAGCAUUGAUGUAUUUGAAUCUUUUGAUGAGCUUUUGCUACUUAAGCAAGGAGGGCAAGAGAUGUAUGUAGGGCCACUUGGACAUCAUUCUUCGAAUUUAAUCAGUUACUUUGAGGGUAUCCAAGGUAUUAGCAAGAUUAAAGACGGUUAUAAUCCAGCCACAUGGAUGUUGGAAGUCACAACAUCAUCUAAAGAAGUGGAAUUAGGGAUUGAUUUUGCAGAAGUGUACAAAAACUCAGAGUUGUACAGGAGUAACAAGGCACUUAUCAAAGAAUUGAGUACACCGGCUCCUGGUUCGAAAGAUCUUUAUUUUCAUUCACAAUACUCAAGAUCCUUUUUUACACAAUGCAUGGCUUGCUUAUGGAAACAACAUUGGUCUUACUGGCGUAAUCCUGAAUACACUGUCGUAAGAUUUCUGUACUCAUCCGCGGUGGCUGUUUUGCUUGGAAGCAUGUUUUGGGACCUCGGCUCCAAAAUUGAAAGGGAUCAAGAUCUCUUUAAUGCCAUGGGAUCCAUGUAUGCUGCUGUUAUCCUAAUCGGCGUAAAAAAUGGUAGUUCAGUGCAGCCAGUGGUUGCAGUUGAAAGAACAGUCUUUUAUAGAGAAAGAGCGGCCGGAAUGUAUUCAGCUUUCCCAUAUGCUUUUGGUCAGGUUGUGAUUGAGCUUCCAUAUGUGUUUGUACAAUCUGUGGUCUAUGGCAUUAUAGUGUAUGCUAUGAUUGGUUUUGAGUGGACUGUGGUUAAAGUUAUGUGGUGCAUAUUCUACAUGUUUUUCACCUUCCUCUACUUCACCUACUAUGGCAUGAUGUCAGUGGCCAUGACCCCAAACAAUCACAUUUCCACUAUAAUUUCCUCUGCAUUCUAUUCAGCAUGGAAUCUCUUCUCAGGAUUCAUAGUCCCAAGACCGAGGAUACCAGUGUGGUGGAGGUGGUACAGUUGGGCAAAUCCAGUAGCUUGGAGUUUGUAUGGAUUAGUGGCUUCACAAUAUGGAGAUAUAAAACACAACAUUGAUACCAAUGAUGGAAGACAAACAGUAGAAGGUUUUGUGAGAAAUUACUUUGGUUUCAAGCAUGAUUUUCUAGGAGUGGUUGCUAUUGUUAAUGUUGCAUUUCCAAUAGUUUUUGCUUUGGUUUUUGCCAUAUCAAUCAAGAUGUUCAAUUUCCAAAGGCGUUAAGGACACUCAACUUUUACUCUUUGUAUAGGAAUUUUAUCUAAAGAAGAAAAAUAAGUAAAAUAUUAAUAAAGUGUAUAACGGGACAUUUUAUCAUAGCUAGAGAUUAGAUAGUAUAAAGGGACAUUUGAUACGGUUGUUUGUUCUAGUGGUGUUGCCUUGAGUCCUUUUAAGGUCUCGGGUUCGAUUCCCCCUGGUGCCAAUUUUGGUGGGCUAAG